AUGCGCAGGGCCGCGCCGCCACUGGACCUGGCUGCCGACGCCUCCAACGGUCACAAUCCUCGCGAUGCCGCCGACGGCCCAUACCCGACCCAGAAGACGCCCAUGUCACUUUCCGUCAACGACCUGUCCGACCCCACCAGCUACUUCGACCUCCAUGACAGAGAUCCGCCCUCGCCGGGCUCUGCCCACAGCGAGCCGCUGUCCAUUAUCAUCCCGCCGACCCCCACCACCACCGCCAUGGCCCUCGCGACCCUGCAGUAUCUGCCUGUGCCGCUCCUGGUGCUCUCGUCACUGAAGAGGGUUGUGCUGGCCAACGAGGCCAUGGGCCGCCUGCUGGAACCCGACCGGCCCACGGCCGAUGAGAAGGACAGAGAUGCUGUGCAGACCGUCACCGACGAGCUGCACGGCCAGACUAUGCCCGAGCUUGGCAUCGACAUGCUGCAGGAUGGCUCCCCGAUACGCAUCAGCUGGGAGGAUUUCCUCGAUUCUGUCUGGAAACAAGCCCAAGGUGAGGCCGAGGAGAAUGUUGGCCAAUCUUCCGAAAAGGUGGAUGGAUCCGAUCAGAGUACGCCCACACCGACGCCCAAGCCGAACUCCCUGUCCUCUAAGCCCUCUCUACCAAAGCUGAGCCAAUCCAAUUUGGCCCGUACGACGGUGCACGAUGUCUCGGUUGACGUCAUCAUCUCGCCGCACAAGUAUGGCACUCCACGCCCUCCGCCCUCCAAGGAUGGCCGGAGACUAAAGCUGCGACCGGAGAGUGAUGCGGUCCAGGCCACCAUGAUCAUUUCCGUCUGGAACAUCGAAGACGUGCAAUAUUUCACUCUUACCUUCACCAGCGCAAGACCAGGCACAAGCGGAGUGAAAAACACGCCUUCGAGUCGUACCGUUGUCCGCACGGCCGCCGGCUUCAGGAAAUCUCCAGGAUCUGGCUCAAGUUCCUCUUCUGGAAGACGCUCGCAACACAGUUCCAAUCCAGGCUCGGCGAUUGUAUCCCCCAGCACACACCCUCCACUUUUCCCUCCUCACGGACCCCCGUCUAGAAGUGGAGACACUUCAGCGCCUUCGUUAUUCCUCAAGGCAUCGCAGAUGAAGGACGCGAUCCUCGAUUCCAUUGCUAUGCCAGCUUAUGCCAUGUGGAAAGACGAGAAUUUCGGGAUUCCCAACAGGGCGAUGCUCAGGUUUCUGCCAAAUGAAGGUGCAGACGCACCGUUGGAUCAAAGGGAAUUCUUAGAAUCAUUCAAAGCAUAUACAGAAGACUUCAAGCGGCAACUUGAGGUUGACGAAUUUCCUGUUGUCCAGGUUUGUCGCACCAGGCAGCCUGUUAACCAACGCCGGGUGGGGAUGGUCAUCCCAGAUACUGGAGAAAGAAAGGUCUAUGAGAUCGUGGGCGAGCCAAUCUGCGACGAUUGCUCAGGAGAGUUCCUCGGCGCCAUAGUGAUCUUCAAGGAUGUGACCGAGUAUACGAAGAGAAUUGCCGAGCAAAUCGAGGAGAACGAGAAACAGUUCGAAUACAUCACUAAUCUGAUUCCGAUCAUGGUGUGGACGACACAGCCUAACGGAGAUCAUGAUUGGUUCUCAAAGAGGUGGUACAAUUAUACUGGUCUUACCGAGGAAGAAUCUCUCGGCAAGGGCUGGAAAUUGCCUUUCCACGAAGAGGACAUGCCCGAGGCGAGCAGGCGCUGGCAACACUCCCUGCAAACUGGUGAGGAAUACACUACCGAGUACCGCUGCAGACGCUACGAUGGCCAAUGGAGAUGGAUGCUGGGCCGCGCUGUGCCUUUCCGUGACGACAUUGGGAAGAUCAUCAAAUGGUUCGGCACCUGCACAGAUAUCCACGAGCUAGUCGAGCUUCGAGAGAGCGCGAAACAAAUGCGGUCACAGCUUCUUCGUGUGCUUGAGCAUGCCCGUGUCACUCUGUGGGCAGUCAAUCGGGACAGAAAGAUCGUCCUCCUUGAAGGAAGCCUCCUCAAUGAAUCAUUCUCUCAUGUCACAAGAGAAAAAAUGGGGACAGAUCUCUACGACCUGUUCAGUCAGGACGAAGCUGGCCGAAAGACAAUCUCGGAGCUCAAGGGUUCGGUUGACAGAAUCAUCGAUGGAAAAGACACUACCGAGGUUGUCGAGAUGCAAUUUGACGGAAACAAUCGCUGGUAUCGGACGCGUGUCGCGCCGUUGAUGGUGACAUCCCGCCAGGCAGGCAUCGAGAAGGAGUCUUACAUUGAUGGCGUCUAUGGUGUGAGCAUGGACAUCACAGAGCUUCGCAAACGUCGUGAGGAAUUGGAAGCGCGAGAGGAGGAGAAUUCCAAACUCGUCGCCAAUGCUGUCGCUGCCAAAGAAGCAAGCAGGAUGAAGAGUCAGUUUCUCGCCAACAUGUCUCACGAAAUCCGUACACCGAUUGCGGGCGUGAUUGGUAUGAGCGAGCUGCUGCUGGAUACAAAGUUAGACCAAGAGCAAAAAGACUGUGCUGAGAACAUCCAGAGAUCGGCCAACGGACUGCUCACCGUCAUCAACGACAUCCUCGAUCUUUCCAAGGUCGAAUCGGGGCGGCUGGAUGUCGAAGAAGUCCAGUUCAGUCUCUUAGUGGUCCUAAGAGACGUGAACAAGAUGAUGGCAUUUGCCGCUCUCCGGAAGAACAUCAGCUAUGAGAGCAACAUCCCACCCGAGAUUGAACGAGAUCUCAAGGUUAUGGGUGAUCCGGGUCGACUGCGCCAGAUUUUGACGAAUUUGCUUACUAAUUCCAUCAAGUUCACAUCCGAGGGACAUGUCAGCCUGUCGGUAUCCAUCAAUAGUGAGAACGAUGAGACUAUCAAUGUCCAAUUCGUUGUGGAAGACACCGGCAUUGGCAUUGAGGAGGAAGUAAGACAGAGACUCUUCAAGCCCUUCAGCCAGGCCGAUUCAUCAACAGCUCGCCGCUUCGGCGGGACGGGGCUUGGUCUGGCCAUCAGCAAGAAUCUCGUCGAUUUGAUGCACGGCAACAUUGAUCUUCAGUCCACGCUUGGACAAGGCACCAGGGCCUCGUUUUCGAUACCGUUCAACAAGGCGCAGUAUCAAGACGAAGGCUCUCCUCUCAUUGACCUGGCGUCUAUCCCCGAUCGUCUCCAAUCUGAUAUUUCUGUCUCCUGCGGCAGCUCUGAUGAUUAUGGAACGCCCCCUCUAACGCCAGUCGCUCCUAAUAACGGAAAGUCGCCUCUCCGUCACGGCAGGGCACAGUCGAUAGUGUCAUUGCCAGGAAACGGUAAUUUCCAUCAUGCGCUGCCGGACCACCUCUUUUCUCUUGCAGAAACGGAGCGAAAGAAUGUUCAUGUUUUGGUGGUUGAAGACAACCAAGUCAACCAGCAAAUCGCGCUGAAAACGAUCAGAAAACAAGGGUUUGCAGUGGAUGCGGUGUGGAACGGCAAGGAGGCCCUAGAGUACCUUGUCGACGCCAAGGAUGGUAAACGCGAUCGUCCAGACAUCAUCCUCAUGGACGUCCAAAUGCCGAUCAUGGAUGGCUACCAGGCCACCCACACGAUUCGCACCCAAGCUCCCUUCAAGGACACGCCCAGCAUCCGCAACAUACCGAUUGUCGCGAUGACAGCAUCCGCGAUCCAAGGGGACAAGGAAAAGUGUCAAAAGGCUGGAAUGGAUGACUAUCUGUCGAAACCGGUGAGGGGCAAGUUGCUUGAGAAGAUGCUAGUCAAGUGGGCAGUGCAGGCGAAACGCAAGCAGGAGACAUUGGAUUUUGCUCAAGGGCGAAACAGCGCGGUACCGGAAACGAUACAAGAGUCUGGAGAUGAUUCGAAAGACCGUGCAGCAUCGUCGAAAACACCUUCUCCCAACUCGCCCACGCCACCCUCGGAGUCGACGGAUGACGGCGACAAACGCAACUCGCUAACACCGGCACUGGAUCGCAUAUCUUACCGGGAGACAAGCGCGAUGCGGAAGACGGACGAAAGUGAGAGCGAACGCGCCGUGCGAAGGGCCCAGCAGGAAGAAAAGGCCGCUGACUUGCGCGAUGAAAAGUUACUGUCAUCAACGGAUGACCCGCAUACCAGACCUCAAAUCACACCGAAGGCGCCAGAGCGAGAUGUGGUAAGGAGAGGUGAAGCGAGUCAUGCCUUGACUAGGGAAAACAUGGAAAAACUGGUCGAGGAGCAAGAAGAUGGGCUUCGAAGACGCAAAUCAGACGAUACAGAUGUUGGCUACCUUGCACACCCAAGCGAAGGUUCAGUCGGAGGUGCCCAAAAAGAAGGUACAGGCCAAGAGGCAGGGGCAAGCAACGGCGCGGAUGGUGUGAGCAGCCUGGCCGUAGGUGUUGAAAAAGCGCUCCAAAGAAGCUCGAGCGCGAAGACGGUAACCGCCAAGAGCAUGAGCGCCCAAGCGGACCGUGGCCCAGAGGCGUCAGAGGUUAGUAAAGAGCCUAGAAAACUCUACAAGAAGUAA